ACAAGGUAAGCCAAGGCUCCCCUUCCUUCCGGGAGUGAGUGGGGAUUCCCGCUAUAACCUGACUGGGAUAAUAAGAGGAGAACUUCGGUUAUCAUGAGGCUGAUCAGGGGGAAUCCAGUACUGGAGGUCCUUUUGGGUGCAACCUGUGGGGGACUGCUGGUGCUACUGGUAGGUUGGUCACGAGGUGGCUGGAUGCCUUCAGGAAAGCCAACAUAUAGCCCCAGGACUGAAGACACACUGACUUUUACCUUACAGAACUUCACAUGGAAAGCCCAGUUUCCACUUCCCCUGGACAGGGAGCCCACCCAAGUAUUCCCCUUCCUUCUCAACCAUCCAGACAAGUGCCAAGUUUCAAGAGGGGUGCACUUCUUGCUGAUGUUGGUGAUGACUCAGCCUCAGGACCAAGUUGUGAGAGAUGCCAUCCGGUACACAUGGGGGAAUGAAACCGCCGUACCUGGUGUGACCAUCCGUCGCCUCUUCCUAAUGGGCUUGUCCUCUUUCUCCUCCUCCUCCCACCACCUGCUAGAAGAUGAAAAGCACGGGGAUCUACUCCAGGUGGGUUUCCUGGAUACCUACCACAACCAGACCCUCAAAACCCUUAUGGGACUGGAGUGGGUGGUCCAAUACUGCCCCACGACCCAUUAUGUGCUUAAGGUGAAUGGAAAUGUCUUCCUGAAUCCCAGUCUACUGGUGCAGCAGAUACUGAAGGCUGAGCAACAACCCCAGCCAGACUUCAUCACUGGCUGUAUCUACAGAAACAGAAUCCCCAUUCGAAGGCAGUCCCAUCCUCAGUACAUGCCCCUAGACAUGUUCUCCCAUGCCAGGUACCCACCAUACUGCUGCAGCCCUGGUUAUGUGCUAUCUAGACCCCUGGCCCUUAAGGUUCUCUCCAUUGCCCGAAAAGUGCCAGCUGUACACCUGGAAGAUGUUUUUGUGGGGUUGUGCCUGCACCAGCUAGGGGUGGAACCCACUCCCAGUCCCCCCAACACCUUCCUGAUGUUUGGCCGAUUAUACAAUCGCUGUGACUUCCGUGGCUUUGUCCUCGUCCAUCCCUUCAAGCAUGAGGAACUUCUUCAGGUCUGGCCUGACUUUCAGAAGGGCAACACCACCUGCCCGUUGGAGUGAAGGGCUACGAUGGGAACACUUCUCAACUGGACCCUGAUUUCCCUCUUCUUCCAGCAGGCAUUUUCUAUACUGGAGGGCCCUCCUGAUUCCUCCCUACUCUCUGCAAGACAGACUGAACCACCCCACUCCCUACCUUGUUUCCCACAGACCUGAAUAGUUCUAUUAAAGGUGGUGACCGAAACGCCUUCAUCUAGAGGAAAGGACAGAGCGAAGGAGAAAGCAUGGGAAGGGAAGAG